AUUGUAGCAUGCUGGCAUUUGUAAAGGAUGACAUGAUAACUAUGAUAUCGAGCAUCUGUUUGUUUUUCUUUACCUUGUUUAUUCAUGAAUUUUAUUCUUCUGUUUACAGGACCUAGGCCUUAUGUGACUGUGAAUGAGAAAGGAGAGAGAGUUUACCACUGUGAUGGAUGUACCUGUACAUAUGAGAACAAUCAGCAAUUCUUUUUAUGUAUGAAGAGUCACUAUGGUGAAAAUCCAUUGAUAUGUCAGACAUGUGGAACCAGGUGGAAUACUAUUUAUGAAUGGACAAUGCAUAUGAGGUCACACACUAACAUGAAGAGCUAUGAAUGUCAGUACUGUGGUAAAACACUUAAAUGCAGAAACGCCUAUCUGCGUCAUAUAAGAUUGGAAGAAGGCAAACAGCCAUAUGUCUGUGAAAUUUGUGGACAGAGGUGCAAUACUAGUGGAACUUUAACCGGUCAUAUGUCCUCACAUAAUCCGAAGUUUAGCAAAUGCAAGAUAUGUCAGAAAAGUGUGAGAAUAGAUUUAUUGAGAGGACAUAUAUUCAAAACACAUACUUACACAUUUACAUGUGACACUUGUGGACGUCAUUUUUCUCGGAAAGAUAAUUUGCAAAUCCACCAGAGAAUCCAUACUGGAGAAAGACCAUAUAAAUGUGAAACAUGUGAUAAAUGUUUCAUACAAAUGUCUUCUCUCAAUAGUCACAGAAAAACCUGUCUUAAAUUGCCCUAAAUAAAUGAAAACAAAAUGUAACAUUAAAAGUGAUGGAUCAAAUUAAAUAACAAUGCGAUAUGUUUUGGAAAUACAUAUAACAUUAUUGUGGAGGAUGACCACAAUCACAUUAUAACGUACUGUAGUUCAAUGUGCUUUUAAUAUUAGGCAUAUCAUAAUAGUGAAGGAUCAUAUUCAAUAGCAUCUGAUAUGCUUUUGAUAAUAAAUGUAUCAUAAAACUGAGGUUUCUCUGAAGGAAAUCUUUAUCUUUGCUUUUACUUUGCAUUACAUUACAUCAUUAGCUCA